UGAGUCUCCCUUGGUCUCCCUUCUCCGCUUGGCAGCCUAACUAUUCGGACGUAUUUUAUUUGUUGUUGCAUUUAAGUGAAUCUAUUUAAACAGCCAACUUAUUCGCGAUAUAAAUAGUGUAAUAUACAGUCAAUAACUUAGUUAUUGUGUAAUUAGUAGUUAUUUAAUUAAAAUAUAUACAUAAAAUGGCUGAUCAAGAGAAUAAAGAUUAUACUGAAGACAUCGCCGAUCAAAACUUUGAACAGAACGGCGAUGCUACCGCAAACGAGAGUGGAAAUGGCGGCGACGGCAAUGUUGCUGCCGGUGACGCCACAGAAAACGGCCAAGAAUCACAGGAUGACAAGUCGGCCAGUGACAGUAAUCAGGAAUCACUCAAUGAUAGAAAAUUAUUCGUUGGUGGACUCAGUUGGGAAACUACUGAUAAGGAAUUACGAGAUCAUUUCGGUGCCUAUGGAGAUAUCGAAAGUAUCAAUGUCAAAACAGAUCCCAACACAGGAAGAUCGAGAGGUUUUGCCUUCAUCGUAUUUUCUAAAGCUGAGUCAUUGGAUAAGAUCAUGGCAGCGGGUGAACACGUAAUUAACGGCAAAAAAGUUGAUCCGAAGAAAGCUAAAGCGCGUCAUGGUAAAAUUUUUGUUGGUGGACUUUCGACAGAACUUUCAGAUGACGAUAUUAAAAAUUUCUUCUCUAAAUUCGGCAGUAUUGUUGAUGUUGAAAUGCCAUUUGAUAAAACAAAGAGUCAACGAAAAGGAUUCUGUUUUAUCACAUUUGAAUCAGAACAAGUUGUAAAUGAACUCCUUAAAACACCAAAACAGACGAUUAAUGGCAAAGAGGUUGAUGUAAAAAAAGCGACGCCAAAACCUGACGGAAUGGCAGGAAUGAGAGGUGGAGCUGGUGGUCGUGGAGUACGAGGAGGCCGUGGUGGACGAGGUCGAGGAUUUGGAAGUCAAGGAGGAUGGGGCCAGGGUGGAUACGGCGCCGGUGGUUAUGGAGGUGGUUACGGCCAAGGAGGCUAUGCUGGUGGAUAUGAUGGAUAUAGUAGUUAUGAUUAUUAUGGCGGUGGCUACGGAGGCUACGGUGGUUACGAUUAUAGUGGAUACGGAGACGGCUAUGGCUAUGGCGGUAGUUACGAUGGUGGCUACAAUGGUGGGCGCGGUGGUGCACGCGGUAAAGGAGGCUCAGGCUACGGCGGCAAGCAGAGGGGUGGUGGUCGCCAGAACCAAAGGCACCAACCCUAUUAAUGGAAAUCCUUAAUCGCGACCACAAUGUUAUUUGCAUUGUAACCGCUGGUUCUCAGUCUCACAAUAAAUCUCACAAUUCGUCGACUCAUCAUUCCAUGAAAUCACGUCAUUAUCAACCAGAAAUGCAACAACGCAGACAACUGCCGCAAAAUAAUUAUAAUCAAGAAUCGAUUCAGCAAAAGCAACC